UUUCUUUAUUGGUACUUGUUUUCAUAUUCAUGUUGAAAUCAUUUGGUCUGGCGUUUCAGGAGCUUCGUAAGGAUGGCUUUGAUCUUGCUGAAGCUCCAUACACAGAGGAAGAAUAAAGAGGAGACUGAUCUGACAAGGGUGGGGGUGUGGCCUCAAGUUUCUUUUUGGGAACUUCUCGCUGCUGGCCCUUAGAUUGGUCGUAGAUGACGUGGCAGCUCGGUAUUAAAAUCCAAGCAGAUCUUAGCAAAUCUUCUCCAAGCAGAGAAGCCAAGUCCCCUGCACAAAAAGAAGCAAUCGGCACAAAGAGUGUUCUAUAAAACCACAAACUCAAAAAGUCUAUUCAAAUAGUAACACACUCCUCCGAAUCCCAAAUUCCUGCUACCACUCUCAGUCUCUCACCAUGAAUCCAAUCCUUCUCCUCCUCUUCUUCCUCUGUUCCGUUUUCGCUACCCUCUCCCACGCCACCACAGCCUACCCUUCCAUUCCGGGCACCACCCCCGUCGAUGUCUCUGCCGGCGCCCCUACCGCCCUUAUCCCCCCUCGCCGGGAAGUCUACGGUAACGGCCGAAUAUUCGACAUCAGCCACCGAUACAGCCCCGACAUGCCGGCGUUUGACUCCGUCGACGGCGUCGGCCAGUUCCUGUGGCUCCCCAACAGCAUGAAGAACGGCUCCAUUGCUAACAACUCCGAGAUGAAGCUCCCCACUCACACUGGGACCCACGUCGACGCCCCCGGCCACGUCUUCGAUCACUACUUCGACGCCGGCUUCGACGUCGACACCCUCGACUUGGAUGUCCUUAAUGGUGCUGCGUUGUUAGUUGACGUUCCAAGGGAUAAGAACAUUACUGCUGAAGUCAUGGAGGGCUUACAUAUCCCCAAGGGGGUGAGUCGUGUACUUUUCAGAACAUUGAACACAGACAGACGGCUUAUGUUCCAAAAGGAGUUUGACAGCAGCUAUGUCGGAUUUAUGAAGGAUGGAGCUAAGUGGUUGGUGGAGAACACUGACAUCAAACUUAUUGGAGUUGAUUACUUAUCUGCUGCUGCAUAUGAUGAUUUGGUUCCAUCUCACCUUGUUUUGCUAGAAGGCAGGGAAAUCAUUCUGGUAGAAGGUCUAAAACUUGAUGACAUCCAACCAGGAAUUUAUUCUGUCCAUUGCUUGCCUUUGAGGCUGACCGGUGCCGAAGGAUCACCAAUCAGAUGCAUUCUUAUCAAAUGAUGUCUCCUUUAUAUGCUUGAAACCUGACAAAUAGCCCCAGGAUAUGUUUCAUUGAAUAAGAUGCGAAAGACCUAGUUUGGAGAAUGACCAAUGAAGAAACAUGACGAUAUUCCUGAAUGUAUAUAUCCAAGUAUUUAUAUCCCUAGUUUUUCCAGUUUCUUAUAGUUUCCGUGUUUCCUUUGCUGUUUGGUUAGUUUGGUUUAUGCAGUUCUUAUCUUUCUUUCCUCUGUAUUCUGUUUGAUUUUUCCUCAUUACCAAAAAAAAAAACCAGUAUUUAACUAUUU